GCAGGGACCGGCAGCAGCGCUUCAGGCCUGGCUGGGGGCUCCCGCUGCCCUGUGGACAGCCUUGGGGUCCGGGUGAUGGGCCUUGGGUCCGGUCAGCAGCUCUUGGGGUCCAGUUGGUGGGAGAAGGGUCAGGGUGGCAGCUCGUGGAGUCCAGCUGAUGGGUGCAGUGUCUGGCCGGCUCCUGGGGUCUGGCCCAUGGCCGUGAGGUGCAGCUCUUGGUGUCUGUUUGAUGGGCUCAGGGUGAAGCUGGAGGCUCGGGGGUGCGCCUGGCAGGUGCAGGCUGCAGCCGCCAGCCCUCGGGAUGCACUGAUGGCUGCGCUGUCCGGACCUUGGCUUUGGGGUCGAGCUGGCAGCUCCUGGUGUGCCCCUGCGGGAGCGGGUGCAGGCGGCAGCCCCCGGCCGCGCUCUCGGGGGGACGCCGGCCCCUCUCCGCCGUCGCCCGUCGGGGCCGGGCCCGGGGCUCCCCCGCCCGCCGCUCCCAGCAGCCCGCCGGGGCCGAGGGGAGGAGCGGGCACGGGCGGCGGCGGCGGCAGCGCUGAUCCCUGCCAGUGGCUGACCAUGUUCAACGGGGAUGCGGCCGCCGGCGUGGGCAGGAGCGUGGUGCGCAGCUCCAGCAUCAGCGGCGAGAUGUACAGCGCCGAGAAGAGCGCGCGCGGCAGCGCCGACGCCGGCACCGCUGGCACCACCAGCAAGAAGCGGCGCUCCAGCCUCGGCGCCAAGAUGGUGGCCAUCGUGGGGCUGUCCCAGUGGAGCAAGAGCACGCUGCAGCUGAACCAGACCGAGGGUGGUCCCAAAAAGCUGCGCAGCAACAUCCGGAGGAGCACGGAGACUGGCAUUGCGGUGGAGAUGAGGACCAGGAUCACCCGGCAGGGCAGCCGGGAGUCCACCGACGGCAGCACCAACAGCAACAGCUCCGACGGCACGUUCAUCUUCCCCACGACCCGGCUGGGUGCCGAGAGCCAGUUCAGUGACUUCCUGGAUGGGCUGGGGCCGGGCCAGCUGGUGGGACGGCAGACACUGGCCACGCCACCCAUGGGCGAUGUCCACGUUGGCAUGGCUGACCGCAACGGGCAGCUGGAGGUGGAGGUGAUCCAGGCAAGGGGACUUAUCCCGAAGAUGGGCUCCAAGUCCAUCCCUGGUAGGUGCAUGGGAAGGGAGUGGGUGCGGGAUGGAGGGGGAAUGAUGGGGACGGGAUCAGUGCUGGGACCACACCGGAGCCUGCUCUCAGCUGGUGUCUGUCACCCGUUUCCCCAUGCAGCCACCUACGUCAAGGUUUACCUGCUGGAGAACGGCAUCUGCCUGGCCAAGAAGAAGACCAAGGUGGUGAAGAAGACCUGCGACCCCUCGUACCAGCAGCCUCUGCUCUUUGAGGAGAGCCCCCAGGGCAAAGUCCUGCAGGUGAUCGUCUGGGGAGAUUAUGGGCGCAUGGACCACAAGUGCUUCAUGGGGAUGGCGCAGAUCAUCCUGGAGGAGCUGGAUCUCUCCAGCGCAGUCGUGGGCUGGUACAAACUCUUCCCCACCUCCUCGCUGGCUGACCCCAGCAUUGGUCCCCUGACGCGCCGCCUCUCCCAGUCCUCCCUGGAGAGCUCCACCAGCCCCUCCUGCCCAUAGGGGCCGGUUGGUGGGGGAGGCUGGGAGGGGAAGGGAGCCCCUGCCCCAGCAGAACUGUCACUGGAUGCUGUAAAUAUCCUGGUCCUCCCCCACCCUUUUUCUUUCUCUCUUUUCCACCCUCCCUCCCUGCUCCCCACACGCUCCUCCCUGAGCACAUCCCGGGAUGUUGGAGAUGGCCGAGGGCCGAGCGCUUUGAGGCAGGGGGAAGGAGAAGCAAACCCCCCCCUCCAUGAUGCAGACCAAGGGCUGCGGCUGCUGUCCCAUCCCAGGACUGUUCCUGCACCUCCUCCCGUUGGGCAGGACUCAGAGCGAUGUGGUUCUGUCCUGCCCACCCGGCGGGAGCAUCUCGGGCCGCUCCAUCCAGCGCUGCUGGAGCAGUGCAGUGAUGGGGUUUCUUUUCCCUGGAUUCCAUUCCCUGCCUCGGAGGCAAAGCUCUUCAAAGAGGAAAACAAGCACUCGGAAAGAAAUCCAACUCAGCACUACUUUUGUUUUCCAAGGAAUGUAGCAUCUUCUAUUAUGUAGCUUGCCACGUGCUGACACACACUCACUUCUCUGCAAUAUCCAAGAGGCUCCGGACUGACCGGACACAUCUGCCAGUCACUUCCCAUUUGUUGGUUUUCUGACAUGAAUCCCACGACACGAACAAGCACUUCUGUGGCCACUUUGCUUUAUUUCUGAUUGUUUUGUUUCUGGUAGUAGCAUGUAGCCUGUGACCAGUGACAUUGCCAAAGCAAGAGAGAAGAGAAGGUGCACUCACCUCACCUGAGCACACGCUGGUUUUCUCCUCGUGUUUCUCCACUGACCCUGGUCUUGUACGGCCAAAGCAAGACCUAAACUGCAAACUCUGCAAUGCCUCACGUGAAAAUUCGAGUCAGGAGAAGGUGACCCAAUGGAGCAGGAGCUCUGUGAUGUGGUCUAUCGCCUGCCUCCCAGCCCCUUCCUCCUGUGAGGUCUGGGAUGCUGUCGCUGGGUCCAGGAUGUUCUCCUUGGCUCUGGGAUGCUCCUCUUGGGUCCAGGAUGCCCUCCUCAAUACUUGAAUUCCAAGUAGGAGCUGAGGGUUUACCAGACCCUGGAGCCAGCCCUUUCUCUAACUCUCAACUUGUUGGUACACUACAGGGGAACAUCUCAACAGCAUCUUCUGCUGAUCUGGAAUUAGGGUGACUGAGAGGUUACGAACAAAGGACUGGAUGCUUGGAACCUGUGAUCAGGAUGAGUGUUUGGGGUUCUUUCUGUUUGUAUGUUUUGUUUGUUUGUUUUUAAGCAGCAUUUUGGUUCCCUCCACGGGACCGGUUCUUGUAGCAAAACCGAGAAUUCCGGAAGCUUUUUUUGAAGGUGCCUAUGAAAUUUGCUGAAAAUACUCAGGGGAGACACCACUAAAAACUCUGGUUUCUUCAUAAAAUACCCUUAACGCAAGGACUGGCCUGAAGGAUCAGUUUCCAGAAGAGAAAAAACCCAGCACACCAAAAGAGGAGCGGUCCCGAGACUGGAAGAGGACAAAAGGUUAACGGGGAAUUUCUGCCACGCCGAUGGCUCUGACCUUCAGCCUUUACCACGGCUCAGCCCUCAGCACAGCUGGGAUUUUGUACAGUUCUCUACUGGCGAAGUGGAGGGUUUCCAAUGCACAGAGCACAACAACCCCAGCCCGUGGUUCUGGUGCCACCAGGGCCCAGGAACCAGCUCGAACCCGUGGCCACAAUGGAACAAAACCAAACCUGAAGGGAAGGACUGUUGUGAUGGAGGUGAUGGAGCCGUCCCCUCUGCAAACCCAGCCUGGGUCGGCGGAACGCCGCGGCUCAGUGCCUGGUUUACCCAACCCCACCACAGGGUCAAGCGGCUGUCGUGGACUUUGGGUCUUUACCAGCUCAAAAUCACUGCAGGCCUCUGAGGAGAGAGGAGGUUGGAUGCUGCUGACGGGGGGGAUGGAGAGGGGUCAGCUUCAGGCUCCCAGCAGAUUCAGUCCUCGUCUG